AUGUAUUUCAAUUUUGGUAGUCUUUUAAUUAUUCUUCUUAUUAUUCCAACAAUAAUAAUUAAUGGAUUUACAUAUAAUUAUUGUAUUAAAAGAAUAAAUGGUCAAUUAAAAUAUGUCUAUGAAGUUUAUACAACUAAAGCAACAACCAAGGCAACAACAUUAUUACCAUCUAAACGUAUAAAAAUUGAUUCCAAAAAAUUAAAUGAUUUGUUUUUAAAACAAGUAAAUAAUAGGCGUAAAAUUCAUCAAGUCAAACCUUUAAAAUUAGACGACAAUGCCGUUAAAGCUGCUCAAAGAUGGGCUGAUGAAUGUGCCAAAGAAAAUAAAGAAAAAUAUGAUUAUAACAGAGAUUACACAACUAGUUAUCAAUCAUUCCCAAUUAAUGAAUAUAAAGAUGCCAUUAAAAAAUGGUAUGAAGAAGAAAAAAAUCAUGAUUAUACAUAUGAUUACUAUACAAAUGCUUCAAAACAUUUUGCUAUGAUUGUAUGGAAAGAAUUCACUGCUAUGGGAUGUGGUUUUGCACAAGGAGCACAAAAAGUUUUUGUUGUUUGCAAAUUUGCACCUUUUAGAACAGGAGAAGGUGCUUUUAAAGCAAAUGUUUUAAAACCAAAAUCAAAGAAAAAUUAA